ACUUUUUACCUGUCAGUACCCACUCAGUAAAGGCAGUGAGCGAAAGCGGCGCGUCAAACAAAAUGUUUGAUUUGUAGACGAUUUGGACUCGUGAGUGGCUUGUGUGUGGUGACCAAAAACCCAAUUUGGGAGUUUUACCCGCGGUGCAACUGGGAGUUACGCUUGGUUGCUGCGACUUGAGGAACCAAAGCGGAAGAACUGCGCUUUGUACUGUGGAAGACACUUUUGAUGGCACUUGCUACAUAAUAUGUCGGCAUUAUUGUGGAAUUAUGGGAAAUAUCGGUAGCCAAACUGGCCAAAUCACCCAAAGGCCACUACCUGAAGAACAACAAUGGGCACAUUCAUUCCCAAGGUCACAACCUCGCCUCCACCAACAUAAAGUCCUACCGGAGCGAGACGCCCGCCAAAAAUUACGCCAUACCAACAAUGGGGAAAUCCUCCAAUCGGGAGGGACGCUCAGUGGGAGACACCACCAAAACCGCUUAUCCUUGCGAGAGAGUGACAAGCAUUCGAACGAAGUUUCAACCUUGGACAAACCUAGGACGUAUCUCUCAAACCAACGGGACCCUUUACACAAAUCAGGGGCUAGGUAUACCCAUGCUGUGGAGUAUAAACACUUCAGUCAUAAUGCCUAUAGGGAAAAUAUGAAAAAGUUUGGGUCUGAGCCCGAUUUAAGGCACUCGAAAGGGAUGGAGACUCAAGAUAGGCGCGGGAAGAAGAAGUAUAAGGCGCCUCCCCCUCCCGUGGAGAUGAACAAGUCGCUGGAUUGGGAUGAUUCUAGUGGCGACAAUGGCCCCAUUCGUCGUGCUCGUCUUUUCAAAACCCGGGCCGAAACGCGAAAAAAUUACUCUAGUCCUGUACAUAAUCAUAAAUCGUUAGAAAAACACGAGGAAUUAGUUGAAAUUAGAGACCGCGACCGAAGUGCGGGUUUACGUACAAAUCGAUUGUCGCUUCCUGAAAUGAUUACUCCAAACUUCCAUCAGGAACUGAAAGAGGUGACUAAACGUUUAAGACACACCCGCGCCUCAACAGACAACACGAUCGCAGAAAUCAAUAACCGGAAUAAAGAAAAAUUGAAAACACUCGAUCACAAUAUACAUAAGAAAGACAACAUUAGGCAAAGACUGAAGCAGAUGGAGACUGUGGAGGAGAAACGAGGGGACGGUUCGGGGAAAGAGUCUUCCUCCCCUGACCAGUCAUCCCCAAUCAUCCGGAAAAAAGAACAACCCAAAACUUUCUACUUCGGAAUGGAUGAGACAAUGCAAAACGAAAUCGUCGACCAUUUUGCAUCAAAUCUCCAUUCCAUGACACACAUCCCGAAAAUUGCAAACUCAUCCGAAUCGGAUAUUUCGAGUGAAAUCGAAGUUGAUGAAAACACAGGUGUUAGAAACGGCAUUGAUUUGCAAUUGAGACCGAUUUUGCCGAAGAAACAGUUAGAAAUCCCGAGGUUUUCACCCGCUGCUGCGUGGAGACUCCUCUCUGUUGACACUAACCCGACUGCUAGUACUAUAGCAAGUGACGAAGUCCCGGUUUUUAUUGAAGACAGGAUUGAGAAAUAUUCACGACCACCACCACCGACCAUGCAGAUCGGGCAAAGGUCAAACAAUGACAAAUCCGGGGAUUCCGGUAUUUCCGGCGACGCGGGUCCUACCGGAUACGACGAUAGUCCCGAUGCCAUCAUGAACUCCAGAAACAGUCUUUUGAUACCAAAAGGGAUUUCAUGGACUCCUCAACAAGACCUCGGGGACGAUUCGAGUAUGGAGGAGGGUCUAAACAAUGAAAAUUCCUACAAAUCGAGGACAAAAUACUCGAACAAACCUCAUGUUUUUAGUUUAUCGUUACCACGUGACAAUCACUUGUCGGCUUAUAUGUCAGACAAGACCUACACCGGUUUGCAAAAAAUAAAAAGAUCAGUUUCUGGCGUUUUGGGCACUCUUGGUAAUAAAAAAGACAUGAUGCAGGCCACAAAUUUGAGUCAAGACCAAAGCGACAAUUGGUUUUUGAGCAAAUCAGCCCCAAACUCCCUCAACAAUGGUUUCAACUCGCUCGAAAUGAAAAAUUCGAACAAAUCGGAGGAAAAAGAACCGUUAUUAGUGCCAAAUUCGAAAAGUUCCGGUCGGUUAAUGUAUCUCCCAGAGUUUGACAAUAACCAAGACCAUCGCCAUGCGCGAACCAAGACAAAAGACGAUCUUCGUGAACGCUCCAAAAGUGCCGAUAGGUCUAGAACCAAUCACAAACUAUCUCUACUGUCAAAAUCGUGCGAAAAUAUCAAUGGUGAAGUCAAAUCAUCCUCCGACGCGGAACCUGAGGACUUGCAAGACCCUCCGAAAGUGUUUGAAGACGCGAGGAAUUGGAACCGCAAACCGCGGAGAUUCACUUUCCAGAGUACAGUUCGUCAGAUAGAACGCCGAAGACUUGCGGAGAAACUAUCACGGGAGGCUGAGAAGAAGGAGAAGCAAAGACUACGCGAGUUGGAAGCCAUGCAAAAGGUCGAGGAGGAGUUCCAGAAGAAAAGGGCAAGGGAAAAGGCGAGUAUUCGCCAACAGUUGCGCCUUUUCUCCAUGGACGAUGUCGCUUGGACUAGUCUUCCUCCCAACUUGGAGGUGAAGGAUGAGGUGCGCCAGGAACCGGACGGCGCUGUGUCCUCCUCCGCGACUUCCUCCCCGUCACUCCCAGUCCAAAACAAGAAAGUUUACCAAAAAAAUAAGAAAACCACGAGCGGGAAACACAGACCAAGCUCGGAAAGUAGUGAAGAAACGCGGAUUAAAGCUCAAGUGACGCAAGUUUUGUCCGAGUAUAGACACCCCCAACGGGAGUAUAAGGAGUAUACCGGGAGUACUCGUUACUUAAGUGACCUGAAUGAAGUAAAUCAUGCCAAAACGACGAUUCAUCCACAAGUUACGUGUAAUAUGCCAAAAGCAAAGCAAGGUUCGAAUAAAACUAGUGGGACGAAUUAUAGGAAAGAUUUUGCACAUGGGGUGAAAAGUACAAGGUCGGCAGGAAGUAGUUAUUCGGAGGAUUCACAGUCGAGGAACAAUUCGCCGAGGAUGUAUCAUAACAAAUAUGCUCCAAUGACAAGGUUUUAAUGUUUUAUUUUACAGUCAAUUAAUCCAUGUACCUAUGUAUUUUAACAUUCUCAUUUUUAUUACAAAGUGUAUAUAAUAUACAAAUGCAAAAUAAAUUUUAAUGAUUUGCUCAAAUC